AUGACUGUGCUCGGCAAAACUAUCCAUAUUUCAAUCGAUCUUAUAUUGGUAUCGACUUGUUUAGCAGGCCUUAGAAGGAAUACUGGCUUGACCCCCAAGUUGCAAACUAUUGAAAAUAUGACUAUUAGAGAUUACAUGUCAAGAUAUUUAAACAUGGGUGAAUCUAUUUACGAUUACAGUGUGGCGACUUGUGGAUCAUCUCCGUACUUUGGGAGAAAAUAG